CUCACGGCGGUGCCUGGGCGAUGCGAUGCUGUUGCUGUGGGUUUGAUUGACAGGAAACAUGUCGGUGUGGUGGGAGCGAACCGGGAUGCAGCUGCUGCCAAGGGAGACAGGGAGUACCUGCAUCCGAUCCACACAUCAGCACCUUUAAACGGCACCGGGCUUCCCGUCCGACACGUCCGCUUGUGAUGCGCUCAACGGCUUCUCCUUCCCCCCCAACAUCAAUUUGAAGCGAAGGGGCACCCGAUGGAUGCUGUGGCGAGCCGUGCAGUCCCGCUCGGUGUCUUCAUACGGUGUUUGAUUUAGCCCACGACCAGAGACACCGCGAUGAAACAGCGGGGACUACGAGGACUGUUGUUGCAAUGAAGUCGACUCUGUCAAGGCUCAAACCGCGUCUUUAAACCGACAGCAUCUCGUUUAAUGGCGUUCUGCGGGCUGCUCCGUUCCGUGGGCUGCUCCACGUUUCCGUUCUGAAUAAUUACACGUUUUUUUUUGGUUCUCUUUUAUUUUUGAAAGUGCACAAGGGGGAAAAUAACAACCACCGCUCGCCAAACUAUGAACGAGGAGAUGACAAAAAGCGAAGAGCAGCAUCUGAGUUUGCAGAAAGCCUUGCAGCAGUGCGAGCUGGUGCAAAAUAUGAUAGACAUAAGCAUUUCUAGUUUGGAGGGUUUACGGACCAAAUGUGCCACAUCCAACGACUUGACACAAAAAGAGAUCCGAACGCUGGAGGGGAAGUUGGUCAAGUACUUCAGCCGCCAGCUGUCCUGUAAGUGCAAAGUGGCCUUAGAGGAGCGCAGCGCCGAGCUGGAGGACUUCCCUCGCCUCGGCCACUGGUUCCGCAUCGUCAACAUGAGGAAGGAGGUCACACAGCAGCUGAGUCCGGGCGACGUGACCCUGGAGGGGCUGCUGGACAUGAGCGAGGAGCAGGUGUGUGAGCUGCUGCAGAAGUUCGGCGCCAGCGAGGAGGAGUGCGCGCGGCUCAACGCCUCCCUGUCCUGCCUGAGAAAGGCCCACCAGCUGGAACAACUGGAGGAGGACAAAUUGCACACCAACGGAGGCAGCCAGUCGAAGCAGGACUGGUCCAUUCAGUGGCCCACCUCCGAAUCGGGCAAAGAGAACACUCCCGUGUGCCAGCCAGAGGCCAGUCAGUGGAUCCGGUUCCAGCUCGCUCAAAGCCCCAAAGUCCAGUCCAAGUACAACCAGCACAUGUGCCACAGUCCCCAAGCCCUGGCUCCGCCUUUGUACGCGGACCGGCUCACGGUCGACAGCCCCGCCACAGGACUCUUCCCCCCCCUGGACUCCGGCCACCGCUCCCUGCCCCCGUCGCCCCGCCAGAGGCAUUUUGGCCACACGCCUCCUCGGACUCCCUUGGUGGUCAACACCAUGACCCCACCCGGCACCCCCCCCAUGCGACGCAGGAACAAAGUCAAGGCCCCGGGGACGCCCCCCCCUCCCAGCCGCAAACUCAUCCACCUGCUGCCGGGCUUCACCGCCCUGCACCGCAGCAAGUCCCACGAGUUCCAGCUGGGGAAUCGCUUGGACGACACACAGACGCCAAAAGCCAAGAAGAAGACCAAGCCCUUGAACCUUAAGAUCCACAGCAGCGUGGGCAGCUGCGAGAACCUGCCCACGCAGCGCUCGCCGCUCCACAGCGAGCGCUCGCUGCGCUCCUUCUUCUUCCCCUCCUUCAUCCCGUCCACGCCUCCCGUCCACGCUGACACCCCCUCUGCAAACACUCUCUCAGUGCCUCGCUGGUCCCCACAGAUUCCCCGAAGAGAUCUGGGAAACUCAAUAAAACACAGGUUUUCCACAAAGUAUUGGAUGUCCCAGACAUGCAUAGUGUGUGGAAAGGGAAUGUUGUUUGGACUGAAAUGUAAAAACUGCAAGCUGAAGUGCCACAACAAAUGCACCAAAGAAGCCCCACCUUGUCAUCUGCUGAUCAUACAGCGAGGCGGACGAGAAUCCCUCAAAGAUCACCAAGGAACAACUCAAGUAGCUCGUCUGGUACGGACCGAGUCAGUGCCAUGCGACAUCAACAACCCGCUCAGGUACACGGACCUGCACAUCAGUCAGACGCUCCCCAAAACCAACAAAAUCAACAAGGAUCACAUCCCCGUCCCGUACCAGCCCGACUCCAGCAGCAACCCCUCCUCCACCACCUCCUCCACCCCGUCCUCCCCGGCUCCUCCCCUCCCCAGCAGCGCCACGCCUCCGUCGCCGCUCCACCCGUCGCCACAGUCGGCGCGGCAACAGAAGCAGUUCAACCUGACAGCCUCCAGUUAUUUCAAAUACAAACAACAGUUCAUCUUCCCAGAUGUUGCUCCAGAGGCUCCUCCCAGCAGAGCACCGCAGGUCAUCCUGCACCCCGUCCUGUCAGAACCAGGGAACGAGGGGAACCCUUUACUUCAGAUCGAAGUUGAACCCACGUCAGAUAACGAGGAAGGAAAUGACGAGGACUCCGGCGACGAGUUCGAAGAGAUGAACCUGUCGCUCCUGUCGGCGCGUAACUUCCCACGCAAGGCCAGCCAGACCAGCAUCUUCCUGCAGGAGUGGGACAUCCCGUUUGAGCAGCUGGAGAUCGGGGAGAUGAUCGGAAAAGGGCGCUUCGGCAAAGUUUUCCACGGACGCUGGCACGGAGAGGUCGCCAUCCGCCUGAUCGACAUCGAGCGCGAUAACGAGGACCAGUUGAAGGCCUUCAAACGGGAGGUGAUGGCCUAUCGCAACACGCGGCACGAGAACGUGGUGCUGUUCAUGGGGGCCUGCAUGAGUCCACCACACCUGGCCAUCAUCACCAGCUUGUGUAAAGGGAGAACGCUGUACUCGGUGGUGCGGGACGUCAAGGUGGUCCUGGACGUCAACAAGACCCGACAGAUCGCACAAGAGAUGGUGAAGGGAAUGGGCUACCUCCACGCCAAGGGGAUCCUGCACAAAGACAUGAAGUCCAAGAAUGUUUUCUACGAUAACGGCAAAGUCGUCAUCACAGACUUCGGACUUUUCACCAUAUCUGGGGUUCUGCAGGCUGGCAGCCGGAGAGAGGACAAGCUGAGGAUCCCCAACGGCUGGCUGUGUCACCUGGCCCCAGAAAUCAUCCAGCAGCUCUCCCCCGACACGGAGGAGGACAAGCUCCCCUUCUCCAAACAGUCAGAUGUUUUUGCUUUUGGCACCAUCUGGUACGAGCUACACGCACGUGAGUGGCCUUACAAGAGUCAGCCAGCAGAGGUGAUCAUAUGGCAGAUUGGCAGCGGGAUGAAGCCCAACCUGGCCCAGACCGGCAUGGGCAAAGAGAUAUCCGACAUCCUGCUGCUGUGCUGGGCCCACAAGCAGGAGGAGCGGCCCAGCUUCUCCAAGCUGGUAGAUUUACUGGAAAAGUUGCCAAAAAGGAACCGCCGCCUUUCCCACCCAGGGCACUUCUGGAAGUCAGCUGAGCUGUAACUGAGGCACCGCCGGGACCGUGUUUGCGUGAAGCUCGUCAUCAGCUCUGCUGACAUCCGCCACCGCCCCCCCCAUCCUGCUUCCACCCGUCCUCUUCCCGUCCUGCUCCUUAGCUCACACACAUGCGCUCGACCCUGAUGCCUGAUUGGACCCUUUAGCGCUCGGUGUUGGCCCACUUUGCCAGAGUGGGAGACAGAUCACGCCGCAGACUUUCAAACAGAGAGGCCUUUCUCCGCUCUAUGCCUGAAGCCCUUUCCCAAAAAGUCACCUUUCUGUUGGGGAGUUUCCAAACGCACACGACAUCCUCCAUGCUGCUCAGCUCAUCCUCAGCCGCACAUGUCUUUUUCUACCAUCAUGACUGUGUACCAUCAUUUUCUCUGCUGUGUUUCCCCCGGGACACAUUCACACAUCAGCUUUGCUACAACACAACUGCAAUUACAACAUGUGGAGUCAGAAAAUUAUGCAAAAGAGGAAUUAGGACGCAUGCGGUGACGUUAGACUGCAUCUGUCCACAGCGUUGGCUCCCAGGAGUUCCUGGGAACCGGCACCAUGCACUGUGGACGCCGCCCUGAGUCACUGGAGGGCAGAGCUGAUGAGACACAACCUUUUGAAUGUUGGCCAGUUGUUCAGAUUCACGCUGGCGACCACCAAGCAACUGCGUGCGCAGUCAGGAGGUGAAGUGCCUUGUUUAAGGGCAUCUCAGCAGCUGCUGCUGCUCGGUGGCUUCUGAGCCGCUUUUUCCCAGUUUAACCAGUGGCAAGUGGCAAACAAUGGGGCUGAGGCAUUCAAUGCAAUGUUAAGACGUUAUGAUGUGAUGUGAAGUCAUCAGAGGCUUCUCCUGUAACACUUCAUUUUCCAGUUCUCACAUUUCUGACAGAAAGCUGGUGUCUUCUUUUUAAUGAUUGGGAAUUUUCAUCUUUCAUCAAUUCCUUAAGCCUUUUAUGGAAACCUUAAGAACAAAAUACCAGAUAAUUUUAUUAUAUUAGUUUCUGAAAAAUAUCAAAUUUACAGGAACUUCAAAUCAAUUGUUACAACAUUUGUUACUGUAAAGGGGAGAAAAUGGCAUCAGACCUGUAGGCUGAAAGGAAAUUUAGUCUGAGAUGUUUUUCCAUCAGAAUCUACAGGAACAUUUCAACUUCAGCUUACACAUCAUAUAACAGUUUCUAAAGCCUUUGAAUAUCAUUAGUUGGAUUUUUCAACUUUUCCGGCUCUAUAAUUGCCUCAACAUCAUAACUGAAGGGGAAAAUAUCCAAGUGCAAAUAAAAGCUAUUUAUCUGGUGUGUGAAAAUGGAGGGAGGGGUGAAAAACGCUGACGCUGAACCAGUCCUUCCAAUGAGAACCAUUCCAUUACAUGCUCCGCUACGUUCAGACCAGCGCCCGCACUAACAAAUGGAUCUGCACGAGAUGCAGCGACUGAUGGAGUUCGUCUCUGAGGAAUGUGCUCCUCAAACGCACACAUUUGCGUGUGUGUGACACCGAGCUGCGUUUAGUUCCAACACGCAGGCGUCUACUGACCUCAGGGCAGGAGACGAAACAGAUUUUAAAAAAGUGCCCCUUUAUUUGACUCAAUGAAUGCUUCCUGACAGCCUUCGGUUGUAUUUAACAUUUUUCUAUUGGUAAUCAAAAACAAACACAAUUAGUCUGCGUUUUGAAGCCCUGACAUUGAUUUAGGGCUCGUUUGGAUCUGUUUGGCCAACGACUUUCAAUAAGGUUUGAUCCAAACUUGCUAAUCAAGGUCUGAUAUUAAACAGCAAGCAGCGCUGGAAGCUUCUUUCCUGUACAUUUGACAGAGGAAGCCUGAAAAUCAUGCGCUCCCAAUUCAAGGUCUCCUUGUAGCAAUCAAUUAGGAGCGGUCGCCUCGAUACAUCUUCUCCGUUCGUACAUGUGGACAGGCAGGUUUAAAGGAGCAGCGCGGGGCUCUGCCUGCAGCUCUGCAGGAAACUGCAAAACAUGGACACCCGAUUGUUCAGCAUGCGUGUCCUGAUGCAGAAACCUGCACAAUCUUUACAUUCACUGAAAAGAGAGACUGCUUUGGAAGUCCUUCCUUUGUGAAGCGCUGACGCCUUCACUGUGGGCAGACGUUCAUCUUAUUCCUCUUAACCUUCCCACGUGCACUCCACUAACAGGACCCCAUUGAGAUCAAACGGUGGAGCACAAACAACACAGGGAGCAGCACCAGAGCCCAGAAGGAGCUGCUCUCAGCACCAACCCCUGAGUUAACGGAGCCACUGACUCCUUCCAGCUCCACAAACGCGAUGCUGCACAUCCACACAAAACACAUAACUGCAAAACGUCUGAUGGAAAAAAAAGUGUUCCAAAGCGUUAAACCGCUCCUUCAGAGCCUCCCGUGGACCGUGAAGUCCGUCCAGGAGCCAAAUCUUCUCAAUCUGACUGUUACAGAAAGGGCUUCGCUCAGUAGUUCUGUCGCUUUUUGUUUUCAAGGUUUAAAAGUCACCAAAACUUGAGGAAGUACAGGAUGAUGUCAAACCGAGAGACAGCACAACCUUCUUUUACACGACACACGACGGAUCCAUUCGUCUACAUCACACGCUCUGCCUCAUUUUUACCCAACAUGCUUUGCUCUCAGCAGUCAUCACACACGGCGACGCUUCUCCUUCCAGGUUCCUGGCUUUGAUUUGGACUCAUCACAUCUCCAGCCUCAUCAUCAUCGCUUCACUUCUCCAUGAAUGACGUAAUACUGUCCUAACUCAAAGAGCAUAUCUACCAUAAAGCUUGUAACAGAUCUUCAUUUGUAUAAUUUGUACAAUAAAGUUUAUAAAACUUUUCUACCCUUCCAGAAAUUCUUUAGUUUCUGGUGUUCAACUGAAUGUCGAUGAAUUUCGAUUUGCAGGCCUUGUUACAAAAUUUGUGUUUUUGUGCUACUGUCCAGAAGACAACACAGCUUGUCAAUAAAAACCUGAAGUGAUACAUUGAA